AACUAUUUUUCAAGACCGAUAGUUCCUAUCGGACAGCUUAAGGCGAAGGACUCGUGUGUUGUUUACACGUGAUAUCGUUGCUCCUGCUUAACAUUUCAACCCAGCUUUUAAAAUUCCUAAUGUUAUCUGUUGAAUGGUUGGAAUAAAAGGUUAAUCAGUUGUAGAGCUCUGUUUAAGAUGGGAAAACUAAGGAAGAAAUACAACUGGAAGGGGAGACAACAAAAUGAACCCGAACAACCAGUAGAAAAAGAAAAAUCAGAAAUUGUUCUGGAACUGGAAGAUUGUGCGAGGUUAAAAGGUGUAGAUGAGAGCAAUGCCUUGGUCCUCCCUUCCAACAAAGGCAAGAAAAAGAAAAAUGCUGCAGUGAGACCGGUGUCGACCAAAAAGCCACUCACUAAAAGGCAGAGAAAAGAGCUGCAGAAGGUGCUGGAGCGCAAGGAGAAGAAAGCUCAGAGAGCAGAGAUCCUGACCAAACUGGCUGAGGUGCAGAUUCCUGAGUCUGAGAUUAAACUCCUUUACACGACGUCCAAACUGGGAAGAGGAGACAAGAUUUACCAGACUAAACAGUCAGAGGAAGUAGAAGAUGGACAGUCAGGUCCAAAGAUCAGCAGUCUCAGUGGAGCCAACAGGAAAAGAAAGUGGAAAGAAGAGGAGGACGGUGAAGAAGAGAAGGCAGGGGAAAGUAGUGAUAUUACUACUUCGGACGAUGACGACGAUGAGGAGGAGGAGGAGGAAGAAGAAGAACUUAACAAAACUACAGAAAUGAAUGAGGAUAAAGUAACUGCGGGUGCAUGUGACAAACAGGAAGUUAUGGAAGAACAGAAAAUAGAACAGAAUGAACAGAGUGAGAAGAACCUGGACAAAAUUCAAGUUAAGGAUUCUCAACCUGCAGUCUUCAUACCUGUGGACAGGUUGCCGGAAAUACAGGAGGCUCGUCUGAAGCUGCCUGUGCUGGCAGAGGAGCAGGUUAUCAUGGAGGCGGUGAGAGAAAAUCCCUGCGUCAUCGUCUGUGGAGAGACAGGAAGUGGAAAAACAACACAAGUUCCUCAGUUUCUGUAUGAAGCUGGUUAUGCCAGUGAAAGUGGGAUUAUCGGCAUCACAGAGCCGAGACGAGUAGCUGCUGUUAGCAUGUCCCAGAGAGUGGCUACGGAGAUGAACCUGUCCAAACGGGUGGUGUCUUACCAGAUUCGAUUUGAAGGAAAUGUGACUGAUGAGACCAAAAUUAAGUUCAUGACUGAUGGUGUUCUGCUGAAGGAGGUCCAGAAGGAUUUCCUUCUCCAGAAAUACAGUGUGAUCAUCAUAGACGAGGCCCACGAGAGGAGUGUGUACACAGACAUCCUGAUCGGACUGUUGUCUCGUAUCGUCCCCCUCAGAAACAAGAAAGGAAUGCCCAUGAAGCUGCUGAUAAUGUCGGCCACUCUCAGAGUAGAAGAUUUCACCGACAACCAGAAAUUGUUCCGGACGCCUCCGCCUGUCGUCAAGGUGGAAGCUCGUCAGUUCCCGGUCUCAAUUCACUUCAACAAACGCACCCCACUGGACGAUUACACCGGAGAGGCUUUUCACAAGACCUGCAAGAUCCACCGCAUGCUGCCCCCAGGUGGCAUCCUGGUGUUUCUGACUGGUCAGGCAGAAGUCCACGGUCUGUGCCGAAGGCUGAGAAAAGCUUUUCCCUUCAGGAGGAGCAGCACGACUGCUGGUGAAGAUGACGAUGCAGAGAACGCUGAGGCGAUGAAGAAGUUUAAAAAGUCUAAGAACAAGAAGCCUGUGUCUCUGCCGCAGAUAGACUUGGACAACUACUCCGCUCUGCCGGUGGAUGAAGGUGACGAAGACAGAGAGGCCGGGAUUGAUGAUGAGGAGGACGGAGGCUCCGACCUUGACAUCGGAGACGAUCCUGACAAUGCAGAGGAGAAAGCCGAUCCUUCCAAUCCUCUUUAUGUUCUCCCUCUGUAUUCUCUCUUGGCUCCAGAGCAGCAGGCCAAGGUGUUCAGGGCUCCUCCUCCUGGUACUCGUCUGUGCGUUGUGGCCACCAACGUGGCCGAGACAUCCCUGACCAUCCCGGGUAUCAAGUACGUGGUCGAUUGCGGACGGGUUAAAAAGCGUUUCUACGACAGAGUGACCGGUGUGUCAUCUUUCAAAGUCACGUGGACGUCACAGGCCUCGGCCAAUCAGAGAGCAGGGAGGGCGGGACGAACAGAGCCCGGUCACUGCUACAGGUUGUACUCCUCUGCAGUGUUUGGAGACUUCAGUUUGUUCUCAGAGGCAGAGAUCACACGCAGGCCUGUGGAGGACCUAGUUCUACAGAUGAAGGAUCUCAACAUAGACAAGGUGGUGAAUUUUCCCUUUCCCACGUCUCCAUCCAUGGAGGCUCUCAUGGCAGCAGAGCAGCUGUUGAUUUCACUGGGAGCUUUGAAAGAGCCACCUCACACUGGAAGGGUCAAAGACAUGGAAAAAGCCAGGUUGAGCUGCCCCAUCACUCCUCUGGGCAGAGCCAUGGCUUCUUUCCCUGUUGCGCCACGGUAUGCUAAAAUGUUAGCGCUGGGGAAGCAGCAGGAUUGUCUGCCGUACGUCAUCGCUUUGGUUGCAGCCAUGACGGUCCGUGAGAUCUUCGAAGACCUUAACAGACCUGCCGGCAGUGAAGACGAGAACUCCAAGCUCGUACAGCGUCGUGCCCGUAUAGCUCAGAUGAAGAGGCUGUGGGCCGGACAUGGAGCCUCACUUCUACUAGGAGACCUGAUGGUCAUGCUGGGUGCUGUCGGUGCCUGUGAAUUUUCUGGCUGUACUCCCAAAUUCUGCGAGGAGAACGGCCUCAGGUACAAAGCCAUGGUUGAAAUCAGGAAACUCCGAGGGCAGCUGACCAACGCAGUCAACACAGUGUGCCCAGACGUGAGACUUUUUGUGGAUCCUAAGAUGGCUCCACCCAAUGAGAACCAGAUCUUUUGCCUGCGUCAGAUCGUCUUGGCCGGACUGGGAGAUCAUCUGGCUCGACGCGUGCAAGUGGAAGAUCUGCUCGAUCCUAAGUGGAAGAACGGAUAUAAGACGUGUCUCAUGGAUGACCCAGUGUUCAUUCAUCCUUCAUCUGCUCUGUUCAAAACACUGCCCGACUUUGUGGUCUACCAUGAGAUCCUGGAGACCACAAAGAUGUACAUGAAAGGAGUAUCGGCGGCAGAAGCAGAGUGGCUUCCCCAGCUUCUCCCCCAGUACUGUCACUUCAGCUCCCCUCUGGAGUCACCAGUACCAUGGUUCUGUUCAUCCACCGGCGUCAUCAAGUGUCAUCGUUCCAGCACCUUCUUCCGCGUGGGUUGGCAGCUGCCAGCAGUGGAGGUGGAUUAUCCCGAGGGGCUGGAACGCUAUAAACUGUUUGCCAGGUUUCUGCUUGAGGGCCAGGUUUGCCCCAAACUGCAGAAACACAGUUGUCACCUCCUCUCAAACCCCUCAAUUAUGGUGAAGUCAUGGGCAAGACUACAGCCCAGGACAGAGGCCCUGCUGGCACCCCUGGUGGCCAAAAGAGUUGACAACAGAGACUUACUGCUGUCUGUGUGGAAGACUGAAGAGAAAUUUCUGCUGUCUGCUUACUGUCAGUGGCUUCCACAGUCCCUGCACCCAGACAUUGCCAAAGACUGGCCUCCCGUAUGAAAGAUGUCAUUUAAAGACAGGAAACCACACUGUUGGUGUCUGGGAUCUCUGAAUUUCAUCUUGUCCUGUUCUUUUAGUCCGACUUCCACCUGGAAAUAUCACCAUUUUGUAUUUUAUACACUGUAUGUCUGAGAGGAGAAAAGUGUUUAUUAAUGACAGCUCUAUGACUUUAUAUAAUGAGUUGUAUGUCUCUGCUCUGGUCUUCAUAAGACAGAUGUUGGGUUUUAUCACAUCCUUUAUUAACAAAAAUACAAUAUUUUGCAGAUAUAUUUUACAGAAUUAAAGUACAGUAAACAUG